GCGUGGUUUGUUUUUCUUUUCAAUUUCUCGCAUUUUUUUUGGCGAGAUGAUAUCGUUUUCUCACGCGAUAAGGUACAAGAUAAAAGGAAUCUUUGCGCGAAAUCUCACAGCAAUGGCCAAGGAAGCUGGGAAGAGAGUGGCUGUGUGCCAGAUGCGUGCCACAAAUGACAAAGAAGGGAAUUUCCAGCAAGUUCAGAGUCUCAUUGAACAAGCUAAAUCCAAAGGGGCUUAUUUUGUCUUCCUACCGGAAUGUUGUGAUUUUGUUGGGGAAAAUCGCCAGGAAACGUUGAAACUUUCUGAGAAUUUGGGAGGGAAUCUCAUGAAGGCUUACAGGGAUUUAGCAGCAAAGAACGGGGUGUGGUUGUCCCUUGGGGGGCUUCAUGAGAUCCCCUCGGAUGCUCCGGAUCCCCCAUCGAAGAUCUUCAACUGCCACGUCCUGAUAGACAGCACAGGGAACGUUGCAGCUUCCUACAGGAAGCUCCAUAUGUUCAACGUUGAUACGCCGGAGUUUCGUUUCCGGGAAUCCGAAGUAGUGGCUCAAGGUCGGGGAUUGAUGCCAAUAGAGACUCCAAUAGGCUCAAUAGGGCUGCAGAUUUGCUACGACGUUCGUUUUCCGGAAGUGAGUGGAAUUCUCCGUUCUCGUGGCGCGCAAAUCCUCACCUACCCUUCGGCCUUUGCCUACACAACGGGCUUAGCGCACUGGGAGACCCUUCUGAGGAGCAGGGCGAUUGAGAAUCAAUGCUACGUCAUUGCUGCAGCUCAGAUGGGCUAUCACAAUCGCAAACGUCGCAGCUACGGGCAUGCAAUGAUUGUGGAUCCCUGGGGUGUGGUUGUGGCUGAUUGUGGGGAGAAGGAGCUGGACCUGGCUGUGGUGGACGUUGACCUGGACAAGGUGGCUUCUGUGCGAAGGAAUAUGCCUUGCGAGGAGCAUCGUAGCUCUUGCCAGGAGAUCUACACGCGACUCCCGCUGCGAAUUCAUCCGGAAAAUCAGGAAGGAUUCACCUUUGGGGGCUUCCCAAUCCCCAAAGAGACGAUUUUCUACGAAUCAGCUCACAGUUAUGCCUUCACCAACAUCCGCUGCGUCGUUCCUGGACAUUGCCUAAUUGCGACGAAGAAGCCCUCAAAGCGUCUCUCAGACCUCUCAACGGAGGAAAUUGGGGACUUCUUCAAUGCCGCAGUUGUCGUUCAGAGCGUCCUGGAGGAAUUCCACGGCGUCGCGGCGUCCAAUGUGACUGUUCAGGAUGGGAAGGAAGCCGGUCAGACGGUGCCACACGUUCACUGCCACAUCCUACCGCGAAGGGAAAAUGACUUCUCCUACACGGAUAAGAUCUACUCAGAGCUAAGACGUCACGACAGCACCCCCGUUGACUCCAAUCGACGCCCUCUCGAUGAAAUGAUCGCCGAGGCGGCAAAAUAUCGCGAAGUGCUGAAAUCGCGGAGGAAAUAGGAGAAAGAAAAGACAGCUCAAUGGGUACUCUGGUUAGUGCCACAACUGGGCUCUUUAUUCCACUGUUUUUAAUGCUAUAUUACAACAAAAAAAUAAUGAUAAAGUCCAAAAAAACAGAUGAACUCUCAAAUAAAAGGUUUUUGUGAUAAAACAAAAA